AUGAAGUCUCACACCGAUUUCGAUAUUCCAUGGUGCCAAAAGCUGCUACAAUCAGAUAUCUCAGCAAUGGAGGUCCCGGCUCGUGGUGUUGGCACAGCCGGCGACAGCGACAUCUCAAAUAGCAUGUUCAAGCAGACUCUCUACACUUCGGACGCAAUCCGCGCUCAGGUAAAUUUCAAACGACUUACCGCCGAAGCGGAUGCUAUUGUCCCGUGGGAGCAGUGUUUCAUCAUUUCGAUUGGGUCUGGACUCGAUGGAAAAACGGGGCGGGCACACGGCGGCUUCAAUGCUAUGAUUUUGGACCAGAUAACAGGCUCAGUAGCGGCAGAGGUGUCAGGGACUGGAGCACCUGCCACUGCAACCAUGACGGUGGACUAUAAAGCAGCGAUUGAAACUCCAGGGGUGAUCCUAUGUCGUGGGUGGGCGGUGGAAAGACAGGGAAGGAAAACAUGGGUGAAGGCUAGAGCUGAAGACGGUCAGGGCAAGGUGCUUGCAACUGCGAAGGCUCUAUUCAUCGACCCCAGACCAUUGAAGAUAUAG